GUCUGUCUUUCUUUCUUUCUUUUUCUCUCCCUCCCUCUCUAUCAUCUAUCUAUCAUCUAUCUAUCCAUCAUCUUUUUAAUCAUCUGUCAUCUGUGUCUGUUUGUCAGUCUAUUAUCUUAUCCAUCCACCCAUCCAUCCAUAUAUAGCUAUAUAGCUAUCUCCUCUUGUUAUAAUCCCCAUAUCAUCUCUCUAUCAUUCUCUCUCUCUCUCUCUCUCUUAUUUGUUGCGACAGAAAAAAAUGGCCAAUUAGCUCUAGCACGAUGCCUACAAAUUACCUCAGCAACGUAGCACACUGUUUGCCCAUGUCUAUUCAUCAUUUGAUACCCCGAUUCUGCCAAUAUUCUCAAAAGGAGGAGAGUUUGGGAGAAGCACCCAAAAGGGAUUAAUUGACCUACUUAGCUAACCCGAAAGAGGUUCUAUUUAACCCUAAAUAGACCCAAUGGUGCCCAUCCUAACUAAACUUUGCCUGAUCACUCAGUUAACUCAGUUUGACUCCAGAGUCUUCCAAGAAAAAGAACUGGAGAGAAUGAAUGAAAAAAAAAAAAACCAAGCUUUUCCAAUAUGUGACAUAUUGAGCUGAGGAGUUAAAGAAUGGACAAUCCAUUCCUCUUCUGAUAAAUACAGAUUUAUCACAUGCGCCAUGCAACCCCACUUUUAAGGCAGUUGCUAGGAGAAAAGCAAAGGUUUUAAUGGGCAGAUUUAUGCCACUAGGAACAAAAUGAAUAAACCAGUCUCCAAGUUUACAGCUAGUCAAGAAUUGCUUCAGGCAUUAAGCCAAAUUCAGAGCUCCCUCCCUCCCCCUCUCUCUCCACUUUUUCUCUCUGUAUGUUUGUGUUGUGUGUGUGUGUGUGUGUGUGUGUGUGUGUAUGUUGCUAGGUUAUUAGUCAACACAACAGGCAAUAUCAUGAAGAUUCUUGCAAGACAGUGGAUCUAAUAUUAAUAUCUGUCUGGUAAAGAAGAAGCAUUUUUUGCAAAAGCUGGGGCUCCUUUCCUGCUUGUAAUUUGGAAACAGUGGAGAUGGGAGAACGUGAGAGACGGAAUCCUAGCAAACACCACUAUCCUAAAUUGCCAUGCGUACAAGUUCCUUCAAGUGAAUGGGACUCGUUCUGGAUGAAGGGUUUGAACCCAGGACAAAAACGCUAUUUUUAUAGCAUCCUGAGCAUCUACGACAGCCGGGGGCACCGAGAAGCCUUGUGCCGCCGAUACACGAUCAGCCUUCAGCGCCAAAAUGCGCUGGGGCUCAUCACAAAGCAGCAAGUGGGAUAUUACGCUUCCUUCAUCAAAGAUUCGAAAUCCAGCCGAAGGUCGAAGCGAGGGGGAACGUCUCCCUCGAAGGCAGGCGGCAGGAGAGCACAGCUGCGUUCCUGUAAUCAAAUAUGAAUCAAAGGAGCCGCGGAGAACUCUCUCGCCCGGCGAGCAAGGAUGAAUCACGGUUUGGCGUUUGGGAAAAAGGGGACGCUUUACCUUCUGUUGCUCCGAAUUUUGCAAAACAGCAACGGGCACGUUGGGAAGAAAAGAUUCAACUUGUUCAGAGAGAGAUUCCAUCUUAACUCACGGGUGAAACAGGAGGGUCCUUGUGGAAGCUUCCCUACUGCAUCCCCUAAACCUUGCAUUAAAACAUCUUAUGGAAAUAUUUGUAAA